UAGAUCAAAACACUUGUAAAACACAAAACCAUAAAGAUCAUACACACCUAAAUAACACUAUGUUGAAUAUGAGAUGGUGCGAGCAUUUUAAAAAGUUUAAACACAGCAUUUCCAUUAAUAUAGCCUAAAUCUGAUUGAUUCGGCUGUCUGAGUCAUUCUGUUGCAUCUGAUCUAUUUCAAAUGUCUUUCAUCAUUUCUUCGUUUUGUUGCUCUCUCUUUCUGUCCAGUAAGGAUGUUGGCCAAUAAGCAGAACUGUUUCACAGAUUUCCAAAAAGUUUACACUUCACACUUGCAAACCCAUGCUUGAAGGCUCCAGGAAACUGCAAAGUUUCAUGUGGAAUCCGCGCAUGGCAACUGGCGACACUUGCGCGGUUUCUAUGGAGGAAGCAGUGAGCUGAGAUGCUCAAGGAAGUCGGGCAAACCCAACCAUUAUCCGCCGGUGCCAACCAUUUCAUAUAUUUAUAUAUAUGCGAAAUAAACAUAUUUACAGCCACAUUCAUCAUCAGACUGCGGUAAUGGCGGAUGAAAGAAAUGUAUCGGAUUUGACUGGAUAUUUUUGCGCCAAGGAACUUUUCCAAGACUAUCUGGAGUUUUCUCAGAAAUUUCCUUUGCUUGUACACCCCAGUCUGGAUCUGAAACAUCAAGAUCUCAAGACAGCAUAUAAAAGGGUCAGACACAGAGCACGCGCAGCAUGGCCGUGCACUCCAUCGCAGGAGGGCCGCGCAGAGGUAGAACCCCGCCGCAGAUUCUGGCUGGUUCCGGUUACUGCAAGUGGUUUAACGUCCGCAUGGGUUUCGGAUUUAUAUCGAUGACCAGCAGCGAGGGAAAACCAGUCGACCCACCGCUGGACGUGUUCGUGCACCAAAGUAAGUUGGUGAUGGAGGGCUUCAGGAGCUUACGGGAAGGCGAGCAGGUGGAAUUUACCUUCAAGAGGUCGAGUAAAGGUCUGGAGUCACUCAGGGUUACGGGGCCCGGCGGGGGCCCCUGCUCCGGCAGUGACCGACGCCCUAAAGGGAAGGCCCCGCCCCCCAAGCGCAAACCAAAGGGAGACCGGUGUUAUAACUGUGGUGGUCUGGACCAUCAUGCUAAAGAGUGUGGCCUUCCCCCCCAGCCAAAGAGAUGUCAUCGCUGUCAAAGUGUCACACAUAUGGUGGCCCAGUGUCCCCACAAGAGGGCGCUGUCUCCCUCCACGUCUCAGGACCCCCAUCACCCCACCACCUCAGCUCAGUCACAGGAAGAGGAGAGUCGGUCGAGCUCAUCGCCGCAGGAAGGCCCCUCUUCCUCUCCGGAGGAAGCGACUCAGCGUGGCUCUCGCUCUCAGCGCUGGAGGAAGAGUCGGGACUGAGAGGCAUCUCUCGGCUGAGUCCUCCCGUCUGACGGGUUCCCUUCGGCUUUUCACCUCAUCUCGACGGAGCCCGGAGCCAAAAUCUUCUACCUCACAUGCCCGGGUCACCGGGGAGAUCCUCCCUCCCGUGCAGCUAUGGUAUCGGUCGAUGGGGAUUACACAUCCGUGUGUGUUUUUAUGAGCAAUCACAGCAAUCUCUACGAUGUGGGUGUGUGUUGUAAAGCGAGUAUGUGUGUAAAUGUGUGAUGCAACGGUAAAUAGAUGAUCAAAGUUAACUAUCUAGCAUUGAAGAAAACGGUGAAUCAGGAUUUUUCUGACAUCAGCACUUGAGGCUCAAACACAAUUACAAAAAAAGUUUGGGUUUCUUCAUCACUUUUUUUUGUCCGGGUCAUCACUUAUAAAAAUGUCCCUGAUGACAAACUUUGCUUAAGCAUCUAGUUUAUGGACCCUGAUCACCGAUCUGAAGUUAUUGUGCAUUUGUGCAGGUUGUUUAAAUCUGUGGCAAAUCAAAUCAGAUUCAGCAUCUGGUCUUAAUUUUACUAUGAAUUUGAGACUUAACCAGUGUUAGAUACGACUGACGACACAGAGCUAAAAUAACUUUAUCCUGAAAGAACUAAGUAACUUACUUAGAAUUAUUGGCAUUAUUUAGCUGCAGUCUAAAGCUGUUUUGAAGCUCAUGGUAAUGAUCCAAGGCAUUAAUAUAUGAUGAAUUAUAAAUAGCGAUUCAUACAGAGCAUGUAGGUAGAUGAAGUCGAUGCUGUAUGUUGACAUUUUGAUUUGUUCCCCCCUCCUCCUCAUGCAUUUAGGAUCUUCACUUCAUAACUCUGCUCAUUUAUUUAUGUGAAAAUCUGAGCGUGCAAAAAUCAAAAUAUUGUCUUUUAAUGUAGUCUAAAUGAAGUCCUUAGCAACACGUAUUACUAAUGAUAAAUAUACUAAUGUUUCUGAGACAUUGUGUGCCACAUUUGAAUGUUUUCAGACAUUCAGGUCAUUGGAAAAUUGUUUGGAUCGUAUGGGCCAUUUACACGACCUUAAACAGUAUUUGUUUGCGUUUUGGUUGUAUGAUUACAUGACAACUGUGUUUUUGUGGUCCUGAAAAAGCAAAAUUUUGAUGACGGGUAAUUGAUGCCAAGGCGUCCCCGUCUAAACUCUGAAUCUGGUGCGCAUUCAUUCAGUUUAUAGGCAUGCGUGAGUAUAGACGGUUUCAGCGGUAACAACAUAAACAAGCGGCUUUCGUGGUCAACACGUAACUUCCGGUAAACUCUUUAAUUUAUAUAACAAGUAAACAUGUACACUCACAUAAAGGAUUAUUAGGAACACCAUACUAAUACUGUGUUUGACCCCCUUUCGCCUUCAGAACUGCCUUAAUUCUAAGUGGCAUUGAUUCAACAAAGGGCUGAAAGCAUUCUUUAGAAAUGUUGGCCCAUAUUGAUAUGAUAGCAUCUUGCAGUUGAUGGAGAUUUGUGGGAUGCACAUCCAGGGCACGAAGCUCCCAUUCCACCACAUCCCAAAGAUGCUCUAUUGGGUUGAGAUCUGGUGACUGUGGGGGCCAUUUUAGUACAGUGAACUCAUUGUCAUGUUCAAGAAACCAAUUUGAAAUGAUUCGAGCUUUGUGACAUGGUGCAUUAUCCUGCUGGAAGUAGCCAUCAGAGGAUGGGUAAAUGGUGGUCAUAAAGGGAUGGACAUGGUCAGAAACAAUGCUCAGGUAGGCCGUGGCAUUUAAACAAUGCCCAAAUGGCACUAAGGGGCCUAAAGUGUGCCAAGAAAACGUCCCCCACACCAAUACACCAGCAGCCUGCACAGUGGUAACAAGGCAUGAUGGAUCCAUGUUCUCAUUCUGUUUACGCCAAAUUCUGACUCUACCAUCUGAAUGUCUCAACAGAAACCGAGACUUAUCACACCAGGCAACAUUUUCCAGUCUUCAACUGAGCUCGUGCAAAUUGUAGCCUCUUUUUCCUAUUUGUAGUGGAGAUGAGUGGUACCCGGUGGGAUCUUCUGCUUUUGUAGCCCAUCUGUCGUAAGGUUGUGCGUGUUGUGGCUUCACAAAUGCUUUGCUGCAUACCUAGGAUGUAACGAGUGGUUAUUUCAGUCAAAGUUGCUCUUCUAUCAGCUUGAAUCAGUCGGCCCAUUCUCCUCUGACCUCUAGCAUCAACAAGGCAUUUUCGCAUACUGGAUGUUUUUCCCUUUUCACCCCAUUCUUUGUAAACCCUAGAAAUGGUUGUGCGUGAAAAUCCCAGUAACUGAGCAGAUUGUGAAAUUCUCAGAUCGGCCCAUCAGGCACCAACGCUCAAAAUUGCUUAAAACACCUUUCUUUCCCAUUUUGACAUUCAGUUUGGAGUUCAGGAGAUUGUCUUGACCAGGACCACACCCCUAAAAGCAUUGAAGCAACUGCCAUGUGAUUGGUUGAUUAGAUAAUUGCAUUAAUGAGAAAUUGAACAGGUGUUCCUAAUAAUCCUUUAGGUGAGUGUAGAUUACCUAGGAAACCAAAACAUUUGUUAUUUUUGACAAGGUAUUUGUUCAAGAGUUUAGCAACUAGUCAGACUAUUAAAAAAACUGAAACCGGAAGUAAAGUUCUGACCAGAUGCGUAAUCGUGUCACCGCAUGUGCGUCCGAUGAAACCGUCUAUAACCAAAACAACAAUGGCUGCCUACAGGACUGUGUUUGUGCUGCUCGAGAUACUGAGUUUAUUAAUGCUUCUCCAACAAAGUUUACAAAACUUUUGCAUAGUCAAGGGUCACUUAUAGUAAAAAAAAACACCUCGUCCAUAUAAACAAAACCGCUCUAUAUAUGUGCUUUUGUUAUCGCGAUUGUUUGCAUUUAUUGCUCUUGAAGAAUGAGUAUGUGUGCAGGCGUGUAGUUUUUCUCUACAAGGGAACAUCGCCAUCUGCUGGUCUGGCACGCAUAAUAUAGCAUUUUUAGUCGUCUUCGUGGAUCAUGUAAAAUCAGACUUUUGUCAUGAACUGGUUUUUACUACAUCAUUGUCAUGUAAACGUAACAUUGGAAUAUUUAAAUAUCUAAAUCUUUUUUUUAAAUCUCAACUUUGUGAGUUGUGUGCUUCUAAAAGUUGACUUUUCACACAUACCAAUUUUAAAUCUAAUCUAUUCUGGGAAAACUGACCAAAAAUAUUGAACUUAUCCUGCAGGGGCAUAUAAUUUUUUUUUAUAUUAUCAGAGAAAUAAUUUCUUAUAAUUCCCAAACAUUUUAAUGGCAGUUACUACAUUUUUUGUAAGCCGAACUAUUAACUAAGUUAUAGUUAAACGUUUUGAUUCCUUAAAAACAAAAAAGUCAUUUUUUUGCAUUUUGCAUUCAUUUAUGUCAUAUGCAACUCUACAGCACAUUAUAUGAUAUCUGUAAUUACAUUGGCCAACAUGGUGUCUGCGAAAUCACACCUGCCUGUUUUCUCUGUCAACCGAUGAAUGUAUAUCAGUUAAAGCCUUAGUGAGACUUAUCUGAUGAACUCAGAUCUGAAUGAUCUAGCAGGUGUAGUCUAACAGUUAAACCGCUUAAGGGUGAUCUACUACAAUCAUCCAUUGAAUAUAAGUGAAAGAUAAAGAACAGAAGUGCACUUGAACAGCAUUGUCAGAAAACAUUGUUUACACAUGAAGUUAAAUGAUGGAACAUCCCAUAAUGUCCUUUAAAGUCAAAUGACAUCAGCAAUAAUUUUCACUCCUUUUAUCGUAUGAAUGUUUUACUUAGAUAUUCAACAGAUAAAGCGUUUAACAUGCCAGCAUACAUCUUUGAUUUUAAUUUAUUUAGGGCUGGACAAUAAUUUAAUAACAAUAUAUUUUAAUGGUGAUAUGGUUCUUAAACAUAUUUUCGAUAUACAUUACGACGCCCUGUGCCGUUUACGUCACGCCUAAAAAUGCAUGUUAAAGAUACUUUUUCUUUCCAAAGCGCUCCUGUGGCUUCUUUCGUAGCUAAGCAACCAUGGCGAGUUCAAAAGUUUUAGGGUUACUUUCACUUUCAUUUAUUAAUAUUUUCCACAUAUUACUAUAAUAGCAAAUUUAUUAAAACUAUGAAAGUCAAUACUGUGACUAAAGAAAUGCAUUAGUUUGAGAGCCCUGCAUUACAGCAUUUAUCACUGACUGAUGUUCAGGUUUGCAUUAUUAAUAUUAAAGGUGAGCCUUAAAGUCUGACAGUGAGUUUACAUUUAAUUUUGUGGGAAGGGUAAAUACAAAUUAAAGGUACAUUUAUUUAUACCAUUAUUAUUAUUAUUAUUUAAAUGUUAUGUUGUUUUAUAGGAGGAGGCUUUAUAGACUUGGCAAAUUCACAGUUUGUAGGUAAAGACAUUUGGGUGAUUCUCACGAAAUCCAGACUUAAAAGGUGUCCAGCAUCAGAUUUUUUUAAAAAGCCCUUAAAGCCAAUUUUUUUUUGUUGCACAUAUAACAUUAAGGUCUGAACUUACUAUAACCAUUAUUUUUAGAGGAUUUAAAAAAUAUUUCCUAUAGAAUUAAUAAAUUUUUUUAGAUAAUCAUUAUAAAAAAUUAUCAUUAUCGCAACAUGAUAUUACAUUAAAUAUAUGCAUUUACAAACUCAUGUUUCGGUAAUGAGAACUUAAAAGUUGUCUAGGUACUAUGACAAACAAAAUUUUAACUUUUAUCUGUAGAGAAAAAAUAAGAACUGCUUACCUGGUAGCCAUCUUGAGUGUCACAGUCAAUUAUGUCCCUUCCAACAAUUUUUAUUUUUUAUUUUUUUUAAAUGUUAGUUCCUUGAGGGCUUAAACAAUGAUUGAAAAUGAUUGUGGAGAAUGAGAAAAUUGGAGACAUUUAUAUUCCUUAUUAUUGUCUCUACAUUUACAAAUACCACAAGUUUCUUUACUGUAAAUGUUUAUAGCAUAACAUGUACUGAAGCUUUUUAUUGAUUUUUUGAUUAUAAAUAUUUCCAUCAUCAAAGAACCCAAAUCCAGUCAUGGACACGUUCCGGUAAUGACAUUUUCCUUCUUAAAUGUGGAAAAACAACAAAAUUGGUUUGUAUAAUGUUGGUUUGAAAUCAUGUGCAAAAUAGUACAUGAAGAGAUGUUUGUAACUGUAUGCUUCUUAUUUCGAUAGCAUUUACUUUUUUAUCAAAAUGUUUCAUGACACCUUUAUAGGCUAAUAUAAGUCUAAUUUCACGAGAAUCACCCAUUUGCACUGUUUAUCCCAAGGCUUUUUUAACAUUCACACCGUAAUCGGAUUUAUACCGUACCGAAUGAAAUUUAGAAGUAUCAGCGAUAGAAAUUUUGCCCAUAUUGUCCAGCCCUAAAUGUAUUCAUUUUGUCCGGAUUUGCUGUGAACAGGAGACAGACUCAAGUUUAGCCUCAACUCAAACUUAAAUUCAUGUUUGAAUAUUUGUUAAUGAAAUUUUUUCAGCCUGACCUCACAAGAAUUCGUACAUAUUUUACGAGUUAGCUAAUUCUUAUGAAUUCAAAUGAAGUUGAUCAUGCAAAAACGUAUGAUUCUCAUUAAAAAAAAACACACACACCGAAACCCAACUCCCAACGUCACAGGGGUCAAGGCAAAUUGUACAAAAACUUACGAAUGUGAUUGUAUGAAUUAAUACGAAUUAGCGAACUUGUAAAAUAUGUAUGAAUGUUCGUGAGAGAGCGUUGCAUUUUUUUGAUCCAAGGGUUAAUGUGACGUACACACCAAACGCGGGGCAUUGCGUCACUCGCUCUAGAUUACUCGCGGGAUUUCAAUUUUCGCUCGAGCUGAAUAUUUAUUUCGAAUAGCGCGUGUUUUCACGGCAAACGCAACGCCUAUGUCAUUCGCAUCGCCCCACGCGAGGACGCGUCUGAUCGCGUCUUUGCAUUGAGUUUGCAUGUAAUCUACUCGCGCAAAUCGUUGAACUCGCAUUUGGUGAGAACCCACAGUAAGUGUUAAGUGUUUUGCCAGAUUCACUUUUGAAAUGUCUUCGACAUGAGCAGUGAAACUCAGUUUCUGGAUUAAAACUAUACAGUAGAUCCUGUCGACAGAACAUGUUCAUGUGUUUUUUUUUUUUAAUGUUUUUACACGGGCUCAUCUUUCACCAGAGGUCUCCUAGAUAGAAACAAAUCAACAUCUCUGACCAUACUGAAUGUGAGAAUCUCGCUGAAUGUAAAGCAACUCGACUCUUCCUGUCCGUUGGCUUUGAUCGCUUGAUAGAUUUUUGUAUCCAAUGUGUUGACAAAUCAAUUCGUGCAUGUCAUGUGGUUUAUCAGAGGAUGUUCAUGUAAACAGCUUGUGUGUGUGUGUGUUUGGUAUAGAUGUUUAUACCAAAGACUGACUGUACCGGAGGCAUUAAAGAUGUGUGAGCGCUUCUCUUCAUAUCUAAACUUGAAACAGGAAAGAAACUGUGGUAAAGUUAAACGCUCGUGCUGUGAAACGGCUCUAUGAAUGUGUGCGCGCGUGCCUGCAUCGUAUUUAAUCGAUCGAGUGCACGGAUGAAUAAAAAGCGAUCUAUCUUUGAGAGAAAGUAACUGACCAAAUGACAGAUAUAGCACAGACUCCAAUCCCUCAUACAGCGACAAUAAAUUUCUACAUUGUAUUUUUAUACAUUUCUACCCACAAAUCUUCUCAGGAUGAAUUUCUCUCAGGGAACGAACCAAAUAAGUGUAUUUGAUGUUAUUGUGUAGGGAAGCGUUUAACAUUUAACUGAAUCUAUUUACUGUUGGUUAUAACCUCACUGACACGUUCUCAUAUAUUAGCACUACCUCUUUUAGUUGCAUGUACGGUUUCUGUUUUUUUCAUUUCGAAAGACUAACAGAGUGUUAAGUCAUUGUAGUUUGUUUCCGUUAGAUUUACGGUAAUACUUUGUUUACAGCAGACAUCUACCUCAUUUCCUUUCAUCUCCUGUUAAACUCAUUCUGGUCCGAUGGGGUCAGCGUGUGUUUUUAUGUUAUUUUAUUUUUAUUUUAAGCUGAUAUCAUUUUUUUAUUAGUCCGAACUCUCUGUUCACUUCUCGUAACUCCAGAGCCGGUUCAGUUAAACCUUGAAUGUGUUCAUGCAUGUGUAUUUCUUGACUAAUGUAACACAAACUCAACAUAUCUGCAGGUUAACCGUUUGUGCUGAAGUAGUGUAGUGUUACACACUAAACCUGAGCUAUAUGACAGCUUUUUGGAGGCAUGUAAGGGGUUUAUUUGACAUGUGUGCCUUUUUAUUUCAUUUCAUUCUGGUGAGACGUUUUACUUGGAGGCCGAAAGUGUCUUUAUUUUGUGGCAUUAAAUUAUAUACCGUAUGUAUAACAUCAGUAAGGACUUUAAUACAUUGGCAUUAUACAAAUGUAAAAUGGAGUAUGAUUUUAUAACUACUGAUUGACCAGUUUGCAAAAUCUUUCUCAAAUAAGGAUAACUGGAUUUGUAUCUGCCAGGUGUAAGAGCAUUUUACAGCUCCAUAUCAAAACUUUCAGUAUUGAAUGUAUGAAACUGACCAAAGUUCAGAACUGAUAAAAAUAUAGCUAUCAAAAAGCCUUUCUGUACAAAUUACAGUAUUACUGGCAGCUGUUUGCCAGUAACUUACUGUAUUUUGUUUACUGGCAACAAGUUAAAUGAGCAUUAAACAUUAACAAGUCUUUGUAGCCUCAUGCAAAGCAUUCUGGGAACCAAAAUCUGAAGGGGGGUGAUGAGGAUUUCUGGUUAUUUAACUUUAAACACAUUUUUACUAGUAAUUAUAAUGCAUUUAAAUCUACAGUAAGUUACUGACAAACAGCUGCAUAACUACAGCACAUUUUUACAUUGCAUUAUUGUAAUGCCUGAGUCACUGCAGUCUUAACCAUUUGAAGAUCAACUAUAUUAUGAAAAUGAGCAUAAUUCAUAUGAAGAUUGUUAAACGCAUACCUCUGUUGCCAUGAUGGCUGCUGAAUAACUUGGUCUCUCAGAGAUUUAAUAUCUGUGGGUACAAUGGUUGUUUUAUUGUAUGCCCUGUGUAUUACAACUUUGACGUGCUGUACAUUUGAAUAUGGCUUAUGAAAGAGGUAUAUGAAUAUGAUGGGAGACCAUGCAAUGGGUCUUUGAUAUAUUAACCCUUAAUAAUGUCUUACUUUAGUUUCAGUAUUUUUCUCAGUUCUGCUGUUGAAUUGUAUUCAGAAUGGCCAGUCAUUUCUGCCUAUACAUAUUUCAUGGAAGCACUGAUCGCCUCUUGUUAUUUCAUUUGAAGAUCAUUUCACUCAUUGUAACCACAUUUAUAUGCAUUUUGCCUUUUUGUCUGUGAAUUUAGGAAAAGUAACUGUUUUACUUGAUUGAUA